AUGUUGUCAUCGUGGCUCAGGGCUCGAUCGAGGGCAAUACUCCCUUUGAGAAGAGCAUACCCUGACCUACGGGUCAAAUUCUAUCUCUCCCUCUUCAAGCGUCGUAGUGACAUCGAAGCUAUAGUGUCGCACCAUCUACGUCUACGCAAGACGGAGACGUGUCACCUUGGAGAAUUCAAAGACUGGAAAGCAGGCAGCUUCAACGUGUGCAUACCUGUCUAUAUCAACAAUUGGGCCGCAUUCCCUAAUAAACGGGUGAUUAUUAGGUUUCCGCUUCCCUACAAGGUUGGGGAGUCAAGAUACCCCGGCAACGCAGAUGAAAAGCUACGUUGUGAAGCUGCUUCCUUCAUCUGGAUCCAAGAUAACUGUCCCACUGUUCCAAUACCUUAUUUAUGGGGUUUUGGGUUCUCUGAUGGUCGGAGUUUCACCAAAGACGAAAAUGUACCCUUUCUCAUUCGAUUGAAGUGGAAUUUGCGAAGGACCAUAUUAUCAAUGCUCGGAUACCCUGUCCCAUGUCGGUAUAUAAGUCGCAGGUGUCCUAGUUCACUAGGAGUUGGAUAUCUCAUCAUGGACUACAUCGAAGACGCGGAUGGGAGGAUGCUCUCGGAGUCUUGGGAGGAGCUUCAUCACGACCCGAAUCGAAGAACAACCCUUUUCAGGGACAUGUCUCGGAUUAUCCUUGCGUUAGGCCAAUUACCGAUGCCACGUAUAGGCUCCUUAACAAUCGAUAAUCGGGGUGUUUUGAGUCUGACAAAUCGCCCUUUGACGUGUCAGCUCCAGAUUAUGGAAAAUGGAGGCAUUCCAACCAACAUCGACAGGAAUCUCACGUACUCUAACACAGGCACGUACUUGCUUGACCUCUUGGCAUAUCACGAUAGUCGUAUACGAUAUCAACCUAAUUCCAUUAGGGACGAGUUUGAUGGUAGAGCACAGAUGGCGACCUUAGUAAUGAUGCGAGCCCUUCUUCCUAAUUUUGUUAGCCGCGACCUUCGCCAUGGACCAUUUGUUUUUAGCCUUACAGACCUCCACCAAAGCAAUAUUCUAGUCGAUUCCGAUUGGCGCAUUAAGUGUCUAAUUGACUUGGAGUGGGCAUGCUCCUUGCCCAUUGAGAUGCAACAUCCUCCAUGUUGGCUGACCGGUCGAGCGAUUGAUGAAUUACAAGAAGGGGAACACCUCGAAGCCUUCACUCGUAUGCACACAGAGUUCCUAGAUGCCUUCGAAAAGGAAGAGAGAUUGCUGUCUCCCACAAAGCAUGGUGCCUUAUACCGCACAAAUAUCAUGAGGACUGGUUGGAAGAUUGGCAACUUUUGGUACUUCCACGCUCUUGAGAGUCCCAAGGGCAUAUAUAACCUUUUCUUCCAACAUAUUCAACCAAGAUUCGCACCAUCGCACAAUCAGACGGUGUUCGAUCGAAUCGUAGCGCCAUAUUGGGCUACCGAUGCAGAUGAAGUGAUCGCUUCGAAAAUCAAGGAUUUUGAAGUGUACACUCAUCAAUUACAAAAAGCAUUUGGGGCUGCCGGCGACGAGUCGGGAAAGGAAAGUUCUGAUGGAUAG